CCUCAAAAAAAGUUGGCAACCGUAGGCAAUUUGUUUAGUCAUUGUCAUCACUAGCGUUGUCGAAAAACACAUCAAUUUAGUUAAUUUUUCGCUGUUAAACAAUUAAAACAAGAUGCCGGACUACCUGGGAGAUGAUCAACGCAAGGUUAAACACGAAGAGAAAGAGGACAAAGAAAUCAAGUCCCUCGACGAAGGCGACAUCGAGCUGCUGAAGACGUACGGACAGAGUCAGUAUCACAAGUCCAUAAAGAGCAUCGAGGAGGACAUACAAAAGGCCGUAAAGCAGGUCAACGAGCUGACGGGCAUCAAGGAGAGCGACACGGGUCUGGCACCGCCAGCUCUGUGGGAUUUGGCUGCCGACAAGCAAAUAUUGCAAAAUGAGCAACCGCUGCAGGUGGCGCGUUGCACAAAGAUUAUUAACGCAGACUCGGAUGAUCCCAAGUAUAUCAUUAAUGUGAAGCAGUUUGCCAAGUUUGUGGUGGAUUUGGCCGAUUCCGUGGCACCCACGGACAUUGAGGAGGGCAUGCGCGUUGGCGUUGACCGCAACAAGUAUCAAAUCCACAUUCCUUUACCACCCAAGAUAGAUCCCACGGUGACGAUGAUGCAGGUGGAGGACAAACCAGAUGUUACCUACAGCGAUGUCGGCGGCUGCAAGGAACAGAUUGAAAAGUUGCGUGAGGUGGUGGAAACGCCACUUUUGCACCCGGAGAAGUUCGUCAAUUUGGGUAUUGAGCCUCCCAAGGGUGUGCUGCUCUUUGGUCCGCCCGGCACAGGCAAGACUUUGUGUGCUCGUGCUGUGGCCAAUCGCACAGAUGCCUGUUUCAUCCGUGUCAUCGGCUCGGAGCUGGUGCAGAAGUACGUGGGCGAGGGCGCUCGCAUGGUGCGUGAGCUGUUUGAGAUGGCCCGCUCCAAGAAGGCUUGUCUCAUCUUCUUUGAUGAAAUCGAUGCUAUUGGCGGUGCACGUUUCGAUGACGGCGCUGGCGGCGACAACGAAGUGCAGCGUACUAUGCUGGAGCUGAUCAAUCAACUCGACGGCUUCGAUCCCCGUGGCAAUAUCAAGGUGCUGAUGGCCACGAAUAGACCGGAUACGCUGGAUCCUGCGCUUAUGCGUCCCGGUCGUCUGGAUCGUAAGGUCGAGUUUGGACUGCCCGAUCAGGAUGGACGCUCGCACAUCUUCAAAAUCCACGCUCGCUCCAUGUCCGUCGAGCGGGACAUUCGCUUCGAUUUGUUGGCCCGUCUUUGUCCCAACUCAACCGGCGCUGAGAUUCGUUCGGUGUGCACUGAGGCUGGCAUGUUUGCCAUCCGAGCACGUCGCAAGGUGGCCACCGAGAAGGACUUCCUCGAGGCCGUCAACAAGGUUAUCAAGAGCUAUGCCAAGUUCAGCGCUACGCCACGUUAUAUGACCUACAAUUAAGUUACGAUUUAUAAAAUUACGAUUUUUCAUCUUCAUAUGCCGCGCUGUGACCUAAAACUGUAACAACUCCUGCAGCUGGCCAUUAAGUAAAACUAAAUAAAUGAUAUACAUAAAAUAAACAUA